UUGGCCCCACCCAAGUCAUACAAGAGCAGUGCGGCACUGCAGCUAGCGCAGUUCUCACCGAGAUCCGUCACGCAGACUCAACGUGAGACAUUCCAGCCCGGACCCCUACCAUGCGUGAAUGCAUUUCAGUCCAUGUGGGGCAGGCAGGUGUCCAGAUGGGCAAUGCCUGCUGGGAGCUGUACUGCCUGGAACACGGUAUCCAGCCUGAUGGGCAAAUGCCCAGUGACAAGACUGUCGGGGGAGGAGAUGACUCCUUCACCACCUUCUUUUGUGAAACUGGAGCUGGCAAGCAUGUGCCUCGGGCUGUCUUUGUGGACCUGGAGCCCACAGUGAUCGAUGAGAUCCGAAAUGGCCCCUACAAACAACUCUUCCACCCAGAGCAGCUGAUCACGGGUAAGGAGGACGCUGCUAACAAUUAUGCUCGUGGCCACUACACCAUUGGCAAGGAGAUCAUUGACCCUGUGCUGGAUCGAAUCCGCAAACUGUCUGACCAGUGUACGGGACUCCAAGGCUUCCUGGUAUUCCAUAGCUUUGGGGGCGGCACCGGCUCCGGCUUCACCUCCCUGUUGAUGGAACGGCUCUCAGUCGACUACGGCAAGAAGUCCAAGCUGGAGUUCUCCAUCUACCCGGCGCCCCAGGUUUCCACGGCCGUGGUGGAGCCCUACAACUCCAUCCUGACCACGCACACCACCCUCGAGCACUCCGACUGUGCCUUCAUGGUGGACAACGAGGCCAUCUACGACAUCUGCCGCCGAAACCUGGACAUCGAACGUCCCACCUACACCAACCUCAACCGCCUCAUCAGCCAGAUCGUCUCCUCCAUCACGGCUUCUCUGCGCUUUGACGGCGCCCUGAACGUGGACCUCACGGAGUUCCAGACCAACCUGGUGCCCUACCCCCGGAUCCACUUCCCCCUGGCCACCUACGCGCCUGUUAUCUCGGCCGAGAAGGCCUACCACGAGCAGCUCUCGGUGUCCGAGAUCACCAACGCCUGCUUUGAGCCGGCCAACCAGAUGGUGAAGUGCGACCCUCGUCAUGGCAAAUACAUGGCCUGCUGCCUCCUGUACCGUGGCGACGUGGUGCCCAAAGACGUCAAUGCUGCCAUCGCGGCCAUCAAGACCAAGCGAAGCAUCCAGUUUGUGGACUGGUGCCCCACUGGCUUCAAGGUUGGCAUCAACUACCAGCCGCCCACCGUGGUCCCUGGCGGGGACCUGGCCAAGGUGCAGCGGGCGGUGUGCAUGCUGAGCAACACGACCGCCAUUGCCGAAGCCUGGGCUCGCCUGGACCACAAGUUUGACCUGAUGUACGCCAAGAGGGCGUUCGUGCACUGGUACGUAGGUGAGGGCAUGGAGGAGGGAGAGUUCUCCGAGGCUCGGGAGGACAUGGCAGCCCUGGAGAAAGAUUACGAGGAGGUGGGCAUCGACUCCUACGAGGACGAGGAUGAGGGGGAAGAGUAGAGCGGCCACCUGAAGCCAUUUUACUGUUUGUUGCAAAAUCCUUUCGAAAUAAACAGAGUCUCUGUGUUUUGAAACUAAA